GUGCUUGUUAAACGAUCACCAGACGGUUGUUGCUGUUUGGACAUAGAUGUUCUGUUAUAAAUCGUCAUCAAAGAUAUGAAGGCUUGAAAUAAUUUCUGGCAUUCGAAGGCACGAAGUUGGUGUAUGACUUGACAUGGCUUCGGAAGAAACUCCUGGUGAAUUGGUUUGUACAAUUUGCAAUAAUAUUUUCAAAAAUCCACGGAUAUUGUCUUGUUUACAUACAUUUUGUUAUGACUGUAUCGCUAAGCAAACACACGAUUUUCACAUACAUGCCAGCUGUUUCCUUUGCCGUGCCGACUUUAGUCCCUGUACUAAGAAUAGAUCCUCAUUCAGACCAGAUACCUACAUCGCCAGUCAGGUGGACCUAUACCAAUUGAAGGCAGGCAAAACGUUGUGUGUUGUGUGCCAGCUCAGAGAUGUACAGCAAUAUGCCACACAUUACUGUGUAGAUUGCUGCGACAUGUUAUGCAGCACGUGCGCAGAACAUCAUUCCUUUACCAGAUUGACUUUUGAACAUCAAGUGGUCAAAAGAACAGAUGUACAGGAAGGAAAAUACGACAGUAUCAUCCUACAAAAACGUCUUCUGACUUGUAGUGAACAUCCCUGUAAACAACUAAAGUACUAUUGCAAGUCCUGUUAUUAUCCUGUCUGUGAACAGUGUUUAGUUUAUCACAAAAAGGACCAUGAGGUUGUUGUAAAACACGACGCUCUGAAGAAAUCUAGAGCAACAGAAAUCGAGCGGAUGUGUUCUGAACUUCAACCUCGUCUACGUCGGAUAAUGACUGUACAACAGAUCACGAAAAAUGGUAUUGAAGAGAUUGAAAAGAAAAAGAUAGAACUUCCGAGAAAGAUUCAAAGUCUUUGUGACAAACUAAAACAUCUGGUCAAAAAAAAUGGAACAGAGGCAAUCCAGACGACGUCAUUAGAACUUACAAAUAUAAAGCAGAAACUGGCAACACAUAAAUCUGACGUGGAUGCUUAUUUGGAAAAACUGGGACCAUCACUGAAGACAUGUGAAACACUCGUUUCUGGUGCAAAUACGUUACACAUAUUGCCAAUCGCAGAUAUACUUCUGAGGAAGUUAUCAUAUUUGGCAACCAUUGAUAGGCCAUCUGAUAACGCAGAGAGACAGACACUGACUGUAGAAUUUCAAACUUCUCUCAAAGAUACAAUUUGUAACACAACACUUACACGAACUGAUGUUCAUCUAACCAAUGAAGAAGGUGCAAUCGUAGCGGCAUCUGUACCUAUUAGAUCACGCAUUCGACCAGCGCUUUAUCACGGUAAAUCUCACGAACAAAAGACACCAACACUGGUUAACUGCACUGUCAAAUCUCCAUCUGCAUCGGUAUUGAGAACAGAAAAACUGCAACAAACGAAAGACAUUAGUACAAAACCACAGUCUACAAUAAGAGGUAAAACAAAACCCGAUAUCUCCACGGGCGCCAAACCUAACAAGAAUGUAAUCGAUGAGGUAGAACUCAAAGAGGAUUCUAGUACGGUAGAGGAACAAAACAAGAAAUCUGAUUCAAUGGAAGAAGCCAGCAAACAAGCCAAUGCAGUCAAUGCUAAACAGGCAACAACCAGGAAUGAAAACGAUUUGAAUCAAGUCGGUGUGAAGGGAAAUAUGACUAGUUCUCCGAGGGGAAACCAAAGUGCAUCUGACCUAACAACCGUCAGUAAGUACGAACUUGUCCGAUGUUUGUCAUUGGAGACACUCGCCGAUUCUCGUAAACCUGCUGUGACGUCAGUCGCUUGGGUCAAUAGUAACUCCUUUGUGGUUAGCGAUAUGGAUAACAAUAAGAUAACUGUUUUUAACACAAAUGGGACAGUUGAGUGGAGUACGCCAGUAUACGGUUUAUUAGGUGUGGCCUGCGUCAAGGACGUCAUUGCAUGCUCAAGAAAGGGGUAUAUUACGUUACUCAAGAAUAAAAAACAAACAAAAAGCAUAAAGAUGAAAAGCGGAAGCAUCACUCCACUCCUGACAAGAACAGUCGAUGGACAAUUUCUUGGAACAACUUCAUAUGAUCGAAAUAUUUUAGAAACCUUUACUACCAGUGGGGAAAGCAAAACACAAAUUAAAAUCAAAGGAUGCAGCGUCAACAUGAUUUCAAGUAACGAUGAGUGGCACAUCGUCUCGGAUUGGUCUAUGAAUAGUCUCUUUUUCAUCGACAAAACAUCUGGAAGGAUUGCGAAGGAAGCCAAGUUACCAGGACCAUUAAAGCUAUGGGGUCAUCAUGGAGGGCACUGUACAGAUGACAAUUCGGUGUUGGUGGCUGACUACUAUGGACAGAAAAUCAUUGUUCUGUCAAAAGACGGAAGCUACCUACAUAAUUGGUCUCUACCGUCGGCUAUCUACCAUCCAGUUGAUCAAGAUUUCCAUAGUAGUGGACAGUUAAUAGUCACUGGGAAACACCACGUGGCAAUCUUUGUUAAGAGACUGAGUUAAAAAUAAAACGUGACUGAGACUUUGAAUUAAACGCACCU